AUGAUUUUACUCCGGUCGCUCGGGCUUUUCCUGAGUCUAGGGGCGUUGGUAUCCUCAGUACCUACUUCUCCAGAAAAGUGCAAUAAACAAAAUAUUGCUGAGCGUAAGGAAUGGGGAGAGAUGACGGCAAUUGACAGGAUCGGUUACACAGAUGCCGUUUUAUGUUUACAGCGACUUCCACCCCAUCUUCCGACAGCCGAUUACCCGGGCGUUCGCAGCCGAUUUGACGAUUUUGUGGCCACUCACAUCAACUAUACUCUACAUGUUCACUACAGUGGACUUUUCUUGCCAUGGCAUCGCCAAUUCCUUUGGCUCUGGGAAAAGGCCGUGCGGGAAGAAUGCGGAUACAAAGGUCAUCUUCCAUACUGGAACUGGCCUCUUUGGGCAGACGACCUAGCUGCCAGUCCCCUCUUUGACGGCAGUGAAACAUCCCUCUCAGGAGACGGGGCAUACAACCCAGGCGAACAAAGUAUUUCGGGCGGUGGAGUCACCCUGCCACGCGGAAGCGGUGGAGGCUGUGCCAAAAGUGGUCCCUUCAAAGACAUGCAAAUCCAUCUAGGCCCCUUUUCACGUAGUCUCGCCUCACUAACCCAGAUCCCAGCCCCGGGAUUCGACUACAACCCCCGGUGCCUGAACCGAAGUCUCAACGACUGGGUCGCAACCCACUACAGCAAUGCCACCAUCGUAUCGGCUCUGAUGGCCGCGCCCGACAUAAACACCUUCCAGAUGGUAAUGGACCAUUGGCCGGCCCGGCCGGAUGGUCUGCUGGGGCUACACGGUGCCGGACACUUCAGUCUCGGCGCGACGUUGCAGGAUCUGUUUACAUCGCCGCAGGACCCGGCAUUUAUGCUGCACCAUGCGAUGAUUGAUCGGGUUUGGGCGCGGUGGCAGGAUGGUGAUCGCAGUCGAAGAUAUGCGUUGAAUGGGACGGAUGUUAUUACCAAUCCGCCGUGGGCGAAGCUUAUAACUUUAGAUACAAUGAUGGAGUGGGGGGUGCUCGAUCGGGCUCGAUCGGUUCGUGAGGUCAUGAAUCCGAUGGGGAAAGGGUAUUGUUACAAGUAUACUUGA